GGAGAGGAGCGCAGUGAUGAGAGCCGGUAUGAAAGCGCAGCGGCGCGCCGUGGGAUAACACUGAUAACACCGAAUACAUCCAUUUAGCACGCAGGACUGACCACAGUUCCAUGAUCACAUCACGACUCCCUGCAUGCAAAGAAGUUAAACCCUGACGAACUGUAUUACAGUCUAACCACAACCGUCUCUGAAUCCUCACAACAGAGAGAUGGGUGGAGGAGGACAUUGGGGUGAGCAGCUGGGGUCAGGAGAAAAUGGUAUAUGUGCACAGUACACCUGGGAGGAAGUGCAGAAACACAUUCGCAGGGGUGAUCAGUGGCUGGUGAUCGAGAGGAAAGUGUACAAUGUGAGCGAGUGGACAAAGAGACAUCCUGGAGGACGCAGAAUUCUUGAACACUAUGCUGGCGAGGAUUCAACGGACGCAUUCACAGCAUUCCAUCCGGAUCAGCGAUACGUGAGGAAGUUCAUGAAGCCACUACUGCUGGGAGAGUUGGCACCUUCAGAGCCCAGUCAAGACCACGGCAAAAACGCUGCAUUAAUGGAAGAUUUCCGAGCCUUGCGUAAGAAGUUGGAAGUGCAGGGCUUGUUCCGCACCAGUCCACUGUUUUUUAUACUAUAUCUUGGGCACAUUCUGCUCCUGGAAGCCCUGUCUGUGGCACUCCUUUGGACAUUUGGCAAUGGCUGGAUUAUUUCCCUUCUAAUAUCUGUCAUUCUGACCAUUUCACAGGCUCAGGCUGGCUGGCUUCAGCAUGAUUUUGGUCACCUGUCAGUCUUUAAAAAUUCUACUUGGGAUCAUCUAAUGCACAAAUUUAUCAUUGGACACCUGAAGGGGGCUUCUGCAAAUUGGUGGAACCACCGCCACUUUCAGCACCAUGCUAAGCCUAAUAUUGUCACUAAAGACCCGGACAUCAACAUGUUGAAAAUACUGGUCUUGGGAAACAUCCUGCCUGUUGAGUAUGGGAUUAAAAAGUUGAAGCACAUGCCGUAUAACCGUCAGCACCAGUACUUCUUUUUGGUUGGCCCUCCUCUGCUCAUUCCGUUGUACUUUAACAUGCACGUUUUGCAAACUAUGUAUUUGCAACGGGAUUGGGUGGAUUUUGCAUGGUAUUUGUCCUACUAUACACGUUACCUCAUGUUUUAUUCUCCCUAUUAUGGAAUUGUGGGAUCUUUAGUGCUUAUGACUUUUGUAAGGUUUCUUGAAAGUCAUUGGUUUGUGUGGGUGACCCAGAUGAACCACAUUCCCAUGGACAUUGACCAUGAUAAACAUGACGAUUGGCUCAGCAUGCAGUUGAAAGCUACUUGUAAUAUUGAGCAUUCACCAUUCAAUGAUUGGUUCAGCGGCCAUCUCAACUUCCAGAUUGAGCAUCAUCUCUUCCCCAUGAUGCCUCGUCAUAACUAUAGCCGUGCAUCUCCUCAAGUACGAGAACUUUGUGAGAAGUAUGGAAUUCACUAUCAGGUUAAAGGCCUGUGGGAAUCCUGGUGUGACAUUGUCAGGUCUUUGAAGAAGUCUGGUGAGCUGUGGCUAGAUGCUUACCUCCACAAAUAAUCAUCAUCUUAUCUGCUUCCUUCAUUGAUCAGUUAAAUUCAUGUCUACAAUCUAAUCACAGUUCAACAAUAUAGACAAUAGUGGCAAUCCUAGGAUUUUAAUUUGCUGACAGUAGUGUCCAUAGUAAACCUUUUUUGCCUUUGAAUUCACAUUUUAAUCUUCUCAUUAUCCAUUGUCCUAUAUGCUGGAACUGAUGUAUUAUUUGGUGCAUUAUUUGUAAAUGAAUUGGGACCACAAACCUCUUCUGGAUGAAAACAAAAUUCAUGCUGAUAUUAACAUCAGGCAAAAAUAAAAUCUAAUUAUAGGGCUGGGCUUUUAAAUUCUACGAAUUUAUAAUAGUUUCUUUUUUAUUAUAAAUACUUUUCUAAUAACAUCUUUAUAUUGAACCGUUUUUUUUUUUAAACUAAUUUACAUUUAAAAACAGACUUUUAAUCAUAUUAAACCUUAUAAGAUAACAUUGAAAUUAAAUGUGGGUUACUAAGUAAAUCUGAAAGUUUUCCUAUUAUAAGUGCUUGUUUAUUUAAUUUUUGUGGUUUUUUUUGUUUAUGUGUUCUUGUGAGCAGCCAUAUUCAGUCCUUGUUGUUUGAGACAGAAAUCAUGAAACAAAAAUGACCACAAAACAGUAUUGUUAUUGGCAGCCCUGUAAUUUUUACACGUGCAGGUACAUUCAUGUAUGUUGGAGGCAAAAUUUUGUUACAUGACUAAUUCUUAUAAUCCCUGUAAUGUUUGCACACACUGGAGAAUUGCUCCCUUAAAGCUUCUAAAGGUAUGAUGAAGGCAUCUACACAAUUAUCAAUUUUAUAGUACCCUACUUUUUUUCUCCCCCACCCUAUGGGGGUCAAACCCAGGAUGAGUCUUGCCUCUAGAGCCAUUAGCUAUUAUUCCCAGAGACUUUGGAAAGUGUUUGUGAUGGCUUUACGUUGGCCUGGGCUUGUACUCACAAAUCCUCUGCAGCCUACCUCUACUGGAUGAACAUUGACACUCCAGCCACGUUUUCUGGUAUCUGCUCAGCCAAACUAUACCAAUAUACCAAGCUCAGCAUAUAAUACUGUUGCUCUCACAAGUGUCAUCCACCACAUCCUUUCAGAACACUAUACACUAUUAUGAUACAAUCUCCAUGAAGAUCACACUAAGGUCUGGCCAGAGUUUUUACUGAAGCAAUCUCAGCUGGGAAAUGCAACCUUCAGCAUCUUCCAAUUCUGUGCUAUUCCCACAGCGUGAUUAUGGCCCUUUUACUGGCAAAUAAAGAAGGUUAAAGAAGGUCGUUAUGGAAGCAGAGGCAGGUAUUGUGCUGCUGGACAUGUGAGCAUCUUGUUCUUCUGCCAGAUGUAUCAGCCAUGUGGUAAAUCUGUCUUGCAGUCAAUCAGAAUGUGUUUCAGAGUUGAUUGGGAUACACUGACUGGCAAAUUUAAAAAAGGAUGAUGGACAAUAAUUGCUACUUGAUUUGCUUAUUAUCUUUCAAUCUGCACCUCAUUCUCUAAAUAAAUGGAUUAUUCUGAACUCCUGCAGUAUAUAGUGUCAGAUGUGAGGCUUCACUCACUACAUCCUUAUAUAACAUACAUGUGGCAUCUAAAUGAAUUACAGUGUAUAAUAUAAUGAACCAUUUUUGAAAAAUCUUUUUAUUGUUUUAUCUGGGGCAUUGGAUUUUAAGUAGCUUAACAUGUGGAUGAUAAUAGACUGUAAGCCUUGAAAACUAUGAUAAGUAAAAAAAAAAAUAAAACACAAAGCACCAUCAAA